AGGUCCUGCAUCCAUGGAGCGAGCCGACGGGCCGAGUUCAGAACUUGCUAAGGCCAUCAAACCUAUCGAUCGGAAGUCAGUCCAUCAGAUUUGUUCUGGGCAAGUGGUUCUUAGUCUAAGCACUGCUGUGAAGGAGUUGGUAGAAAAUAGUGUGGAUGCCAGUGCCACUAACAUUGAGCUCAGGCUUAAAGACUAUGGCGUGGAGCUCAUUGAAGUUUCAGACAAUGGAUGCGGGGUAGAAGAAGAAAACUUUGAAGGCUUAACUCUGAAGCAUCACACUUCUAAGAUUCAGGAGUUUGCUGACCUCACUCAGGUUGAAACUUUUGGCUUUCGGGGGGAAGCUCUGAGCUCACUCUGUGCACUGAGUGAUGUAACUAUUUCUACCUGCCACACAUCUGCGAAGGUUGGGACUCGACUGGUGUUUGAUCACAAUGGAAAAAUCCUCCAGAAAACCCCCUACCCACGACCCAGAGGGACGACAGUCAGCGUGCAGCAGUUAUUUUAUACGCUACCUGUGCGCCAUAAGGAGUUUCAAAGGAAUAUUAAAAAGGAGUUCUCCAAAAUGGUCCAGGUCUUACACGCCUACUGUAUCAUUUCAGCGGGCGUCCGUGUAAGUUGCACCAAUCAGGUUGGACAGGGCAAGAGGCAGCCUGUGGUGUGCACCAGUGGAGGCUCCAGCAUGAAGGAAAAUAUCGGAUCUGUAUUUGGGCAGAAACAGUUGCAAAGCCUCAUCCCUUUCGUGCAGCUGCCCCCUAGUGACACUGUGUGUGAAGAAUACGGGCUGAGCUCUUCCCAGGCUCUGCAUAACCUGUUUUGUAUCUCAGGUUUUAUUUCUCACUGUGCUCACGGCGUGGGAAGAAGUUCAACGGACAGACAGUUUUUCUUUAUCAAUCGGCGGCCUUGUGACCCAGCAAAGGUUUCCAGACUUGUGAAUGAGGUCUAUCACAUGUAUAACCGGCAUCAAUAUCCAUUUGUUGUUCUUAACAUUUCUGUUGAUAUGGAAUGUGUCGACAUCAACGUUACUCCAGAUAAAAGGCAAAUUUUACUACAGGAGGAGAAGCUUUUGUUGGCAGUUUUAAAGACGUCUUUGAUAGGAAUGUUAGAUAAUGAUGUUAACAAACUCAACGUCAGUCAGCAGCCGCUGUUUGAUGUCGAAGGUCACUUAAUAAAAAGGCAUUCGGCAGAGGUGGAGAAGCCCGUGCCAGAAAAGCAGGAUGAUCCCGCCCCGUUAAGGACUCGCGGGGAAGAGAAAAGGGCAGUGACCAUUUCCAGACUGAGAGAGGCCUUUUCCCUUCGUCACACAGUGGAGAACAAGUCUCGGGGCCCGAAGGCCACCGACCCAAGACGGAUUUCUCCACGACAGAAAAGCAGCACCCCAUUUCCUAGCGCUUCAGGGCCCCUCUGCUCCCGGAAGCACAUCUCUGAAGCUCGGGAGGAAGGGAUGACUUCCACUCAGGGGCCCUGUGACCCGAUGGGCAGAGUGGACACGGAGGAGGGCUGGGGGCACAGCAGCGCAUCUGCCGGCUCUGAGGAGGGGUCCAGCACCCCCAAAACGGGCAGCCACCCCAGCAGUGACCAUGUGGCAAGCUCCCCCAAAGAUGGGUUUUCACAAGAAAAUGUGGAGUCUUUGGAGAAGUUACCUGAAACUGACCAUCGUCUUUCGGGCACGAAUUGCCACUUAGGCCACGAAGAAAGCGGCUCCCGACCUAGAGUUUUGCUGCAGCCUACUCACCUCUCAUCCCCAAACGCAAAACGUUUUAAAAAAGAAGGGGUUCCUUUAAAUCCCGAUGUCCCUCCAGAGUCCGUGAAAACUCAGAAUGCUUCAGUGUACGAGGUGGAUGUAGCUGUUGAAAUUAACAAGAAAAUAGUGCCCCUUGACUUUUCUAUGAGUUCUUUAGCCAAACGAAUAAAGCAGUUAUGUCAGCAAGAACAGCAACGAGAAGGUGGACAAAAUUAUAGGAAGUUUCGGGCAAAGAUUUGCCCUGGAGAAAAUCAAGCAGCAGAAGAUGAACUAAGAAAAGAGAUAAGCAAAACGAUGUUUGCAGAAAUGGAAAUCAUUGGUCAGUUUAACUUGGGAUUUAUCAUCACCAAACUGAAUGCGGAUAUCUUCAUAGUGGACCAGCAUGCCACGGAUGAGAAAUACAACUUCGAGAUGCUUCAACAGCACACUGUUCUCCAGGGUCAAAGGCUUAUAGCACCUCAGACUCUCAACUUAACGGCUGUCAAUGAAGCAGUUCUAAUAGAAAAUCUGGAAAUAUUCAGAAAGAAUGGUUUUGACUUUGUUAUCGAUGAAGACGCGCCGGUCACUGAAAGAGCUAAAUUGAUUUCCUUGCCAACUAGUAAAAGCUGGACCUUUGGACCCCAGGACAUAGAUGAACUGAUCUUCAUGCUGAGCGACAGCCCCGGUGUCAUGUGCCGGCCUUCCCGGGUCAGGCAGAUGUUUGCCUCCAGGGCCUGUCGGAAGUCUGUAAAACUCAUCAACGCCUUGAAACAAACAGCUUUCAACCCAAGGAGUCAUUUGAUACUUACCUAUAUAGAGCAAACCUUAGGUCUUCUAAAGGCAAUGGUGAAAGAAAAGAAAAGAGCAGAUAAAAAGGGGGAUAAGUUGGCCUGCUCUCCCUCGUCUCUCUCCGAUUGUACAGAGUUUUCCAAACAAGAUGGCAACGCUGCUAGGCAAGAUAUGUCCCCAGGUGCUGUGCCACCGUUGGACAUGCAGCUCGAAGAACCAGGACUCAAGAGAGAGUGCAAAAAUGACAAUCUGCGGAAUGAAGAUACCACCCAGUAUGAAGAGCCCAUUCUGACCAAACUCAUAGUAGAAAGCUAUGAAGGGGAGAAAGUCCGUGGACUGUAUGAGGGAGAAGCCUUUGCCAUCUUUCAAGGAGGCUGCACCUACCGCGGUACGUUUUCAGAAGGACUCAUGCAUGGACGGGGGACUUACGUCUGGGCCGAUGGAUUGAAAUAUGAGGGGGACUUUGUGAAAAACAUCCCCAUGAACCAUGGCGUCUACACGUGGCCGGACGGCAGCACCUACGAAGGAGAAGUGGUCAACGGCGUGAGACACGGAUUCGGCAUGUUCAAGUGCAGCACGCAGCCCGUGUCCUACAUUGGCCACUGGUGCCACGGCAAGAGACACGGCAAGGGCUCCAUUUAUUACAAUCAAGAGGGCACCUCUUGGUACGAGGGAGACUGGGUGCACAACAUCAAAAAAGGCUGGGGGAUAAGGUGUUACAAAUCUGGAAAUAUAUAUGAAGGUCAGUGGGAGAACAAUAUGCGUCAUGGGGAAGGCAGGAUGAGGUGGCUGACAGCUAAUGAAGAGUAUACCGGUCAGUGGGAGAAGGGGGUCCAGAAUGGUUUUGGCACACACACAUGGUUUCUAAAGAGAAUCCCCUACUCCCAGUAUCCUUUGAGAAAUGAAUACGUAGGAGAGUUUGUGAAUGGAUACCGUCAUGGCCAUGGAAAGUUCUACUAUGCCAGUGGAGCCAUGUAUGAGGGAGAAUGGGUUGCCAAUAAAAAACAUGGCAUGGGCCGAUUAACUUUUAAGAAUGGGCGUGUGUAUGACGGCCCAUUUUCCAAUGACCACCUAGCAGAGUUUCCAGAUCUUGAAGGUGAACUGAUCAGCUACCGGGACACGACUCCAGAAUCUGCCCUCAGGAACCAGUAUCGCAGAUCCUCCAUCAGUGCCGAAACCAUCAGAAAGCUUGAUGGCAGUGAAAGUAAUUCCAUGUUAGGCUCGAGCAUCGAGCUGGAUCUCAGUUUGUUGCUGAAAAUGUACCCGGAGAGAGACCAAUCAGAAGAAAAGAAGCAGGUAGAAUAUGCUAUCUUAAGAAAUAUUACAGAAUUAAGAAGAAUCUAUAGCUUUUACAGCAGCCUAGGAUGUGAUCACUCUCUGGAUAACACCUUUCUGAUGACAAAGCUUCAAUUCUGGAGGUUUCUAAAAGAUUGCAAAUUCCAUCACCAUAAAAUAACCCUCGCCGAUAUGGACAGGGUACUAAGUGCCAAUAAGGACAUACCAGUUGAAGAAAUUCAUUCUCCAUUUGCAACAAUACUUUUGAGAACAUUUUUGGAUUAUCUCCUGCAGUUGGCUUACCACAUCCAUCACAAAGAAUACCAAGACAGAAGCCCAUCACUCUUUUUGUGUUUUACAAAACUGAUGAAUGAGAACAUUCGCCCAAAUGCCUGCCGUGUAAAAGGCAAUUUAUUCUGCGAGGCCCACCGGACACUCUAUUCAAUGAAUUAUGUGGAUAAGUGCUGGGAUAUCUACACAGUUUACUGCAGACCAAAUGCAGCCCCUCCCCAUGAGCUCACAAUGGACAUGAGACACUUCCUCUGGAUGUUGAAGAGCUUUAAAAUGAUAAAUAAAGAAUUGACAGCAAGCAAAUUUGUGGAGGUCAUAGCAGAGGAUAAUCCUUUCAUGCAUGAUGGAAUUGACAGCAACUUUAAACUUGAGCUGGUUUUCCUGGAAUUCUUUGAAGCUCUGUUAAGCUUUGCACUCAUCUCUGUUACUAACCAAUCGACUAAAUUCUAUUUAAAUUUUCCAAAUGAUGACUUGUCUGGAAACAAAGCUGGAAGCACUUAUACAAUGAUAAAUCAGAACACCCAGAACAGGAGUCCAAGUGCGCUAAGAAGCCAGGAGUCUGAGGUGCAGUACGGCAGCACUAAGUCGUCUUCAAGCAAGUUAGGAGUCUUGCUUGACAUGAGCAAGAUAAGGAAAUCAGAGCCCAAGAUCAAGAAGUCUCUAAGUGAUGGAAAAACUUCCAAAAUGAAUUUGAAAUCUCCAGGAAAGGAGCUAACCUUUCUUUUAUCUCAAAAUGAGAAAAAAGAAAAAUCCAAGGAUGAACAAAAGGAAAAAUUCAAUACAUGGAUCAGUAACAUGUACAUCUUUUUUGUGAACACUCUCUUCCAAGCACAUAAACAUGAAGAAACCCUCAAGGAGAAAGUAAAGGAAAACAGGCUGCAUAAUGAAGCGAUGGCCCAUCAGAGGAAGAUGGAGAAUGAGGAGCUGGAGGCGAGGCUGAACAGCUUGAGAGAGGAAGAGACCACAAGGCAAGACUAUGAGGUCGCCAUCACUGUGAUCAAGGAACCAGUGGAUGCCCCAUCCUUGAAUGUCACGCCGAGCCCCCUGAAAGAGGACACAGUGGUGUCCCAGUCCAGCAAAUCCACUGCAAAUAAGAAGAAGAAAAAGUAG